CAACGAAGAAACAAGUAUCGGUAGAAUUUCAAGCAAUGAAGAAACAAGUAUAAAUAGAAUUUCAAGUGACCCUGUUUUACUUAGCGAUACAGAAUCUAUACAAUCUGAACUAAAUAGCUCCAUAAAGUUAUCGCAUAAGGGGGGACGACCCCAAGAAGAUAUUUGGAAUGAGUAUGAUGUAAUAGACAGUAGAAAAGGGAAGCACAAGGGGGCGCGUUGUAGGUACUGUUCUGUAUCAUGGGCUCGAGGAAGAGCUCAGGACAUGAAGUCCCAUCUAGCAUUGAAAUGUAAAGGAAAAGUACCCAAAGAAGUUCGACUUAAAAUACUCCGGGACAUUCAAAGUAAGGAUGAGCAUGUGCAAUCUGGAACAUCCAUAUUAAAAAAAAGAAAAUCAAAUAAUUCCAUAUUACCUCUUGAUGCUUACUAUGACCCAAAAGAAGCCAUCGAUAAAGCUAAAGAAACCAGAGCAAACAAAGCACUAAUUAAAUGGAUA